AUGAGGGAAGUGGAUAUUGCAGCCAAAAUUGGAGGUGAUGCUGCUACCACAGUGAACAACAGCACUCCUGAUUUUGGUUUUGGGGGCCAGAAGAGGCAGUUGGAAGAUGGAGACCAACCAGAGAGCAAGAAACUGGCUUCCCAGGGAGACUCUAUCAGUUCUCAGCUUGGACCUAUCCAUCCUCCCCCCAGAACUUCAAUGACAGAAGAGUACAGGGUCCCAGAUGGCAUGGUGGGACUAAUCAUUGGCAGAGGUGGCGAGCAGAUAAACAAAAUCCAGCAAGAUUCAGGCUGCAAGGUCCAGAUCUCUCCAGACAGUGGUGGCCUACCUGAGCGCAGCGUGUCCUUAACAGGAGCCCCAGAAUCUGUCCAAAAAGCGAAGAUGAUGCUGGAUGACAUCGUCUCCCGGGGUCGCGGGGGCCCUCCAGGACAGUUCCAUGACAAUGCCAAUGGGGGCCAGAAUGGCACAGUGCAAGAGAUCAUGAUCCCCGCAGGGAAGGCUGGCCUGGUCAUUGGCAAGGGCGGGGAGACCAUCAAACAGCUGCAGGAACGAGCUGGAGUGAAGAUGAUUUUAAUUCAAGAUGGUUCUCAGAAUACAAAUGUGGACAAGCCUCUGCGCAUAAUUGGGGAUCCUUACAAAGUGCAGCAAGCCUGCGAGAUGGUGAUGGACAUCCUCCGGGAGCGUGACCAGGGCGGCUUUGGGGACCGGAAUGAGUACGGGUCCCGGAUUGGUGGGGGUAUUGACGUGCCAGUGCCCAGGCAUUCUGUUGGCGUGGUCAUUGGCCGGAGUGGAGAGAUGAUAAAGAAGAUCCAGAAUGAUGCCGGUGUUCGGAUACAGUUUAAACAAGAUGACGGGACGGGUCCUGAGAAAAUAGCCCACAUAAUGGGGCCCCCAGACCGGUGUGAGCAUGCAGCCAGGAUUAUCAAUGAUCUUCUUCAGAGCCUCAGGAGUGGUCCCCCAGGCCCUCCAGGGGGUCCUGGCAUGCCUCCAGGGGGCCGGGGCCGAGGAAGGGGCCAAGGCAACUGGGGCCCUCCUGGUGGGGAAAUGACCUUCUCCAUCCCCACUCACAAAUGUGGGCUGGUCAUCGGCCGAGGUGGUGAGAAUGUGAAAGCCAUAAACCAGCAGACAGGAGCCUUUGUAGAGAUUUCCCGGCAGCUGCCACCCAAUGGGGACCCAAACUUCAAAUUGUUCAUCAUCCGGGGCUCGCCCCAGCAGAUCGACCAUGCCAAGCAACUCAUCGAGGAGAAGAUUGAGGGUCCCCUCUGCCCAGUCGGACCAGGCCCUGGCGGACCAGGCCCUGCUGGUCCCAUGGGGCCCUUCAACCCUGGACCCUUCAAUCAGGGGCCACCAGGAGCUCCCCCUCAUGCUGGGGGACCCCCUCCCCAUCAGUACCCACCCCAGGGCUGGGGCAAUACCUACCCCCAGUGGCAACCGCCAGCUCCUCAUGACCCAAAUAAAGCUGCUGCCGCUGCUGCAGACCCCAACGCUGCCUGGGCUGCCUACUACUCACACUACUACCAGCAGCCCCCAGGUCCUGUGCCUGGCCCUGCGCCGGCCCCUGCGGCCCCACCUGCCCAGGGCGAGCCGCCUCAGCCCCCACCCGCCGGCCAGUCGGACUACACUAAGGCCUGGGAAGAGUAUUACAAGAAGAUUGGCCAGCAGCCCCAGCAGCCUGGAGCACCGCCUCAGCAGGACUACACGAAGGCCUGGGAGGAGUACUACAAAAAGCAGGCUCAAGUGGCCACUGGAGGGGGUCCAGGAGCACCUCCAGGCUCCCAGCCAGACUAUAGUGCCGCCUGGGCUGAAUAUUACAGACAGCAGGCCGCUUACUACGGACAGACUCCCGGUCCCGGCGGCCCCCAGCCACCACCCACACAGCAGGGACAGCAGCAGGCAAGUGGGAACUGCCACCCUCCUCCUCCUCCUUUCUCCUUCCAACCCCCGGCCACCGUCCAUCCUGCCUUAGUGGGUAGCGCCGGAAAUCCCUUCCCCUGCGGGGUGUGUCCUUGAUGCCUGCAGCGGGGGCCGUGUGGCCAGAGGUCUCCGGGAGUCCCCGCGAGCCGGGGAAGUAUGCGCUGGGUCCAGAGGUUAAACGAAGAGGCCUCCCUCCGCCGGCCCGCUUGUUCCUGUGUAACGCUGUCGUGAUGCUGGGGGAGAGCUGGAAACGAAUACGAGGUGGAACUGUUGAACUGGUGGGUAGUCCUGGGGGUGGGGACAGGCCGGCAGCUCCGACAUUGGUCACCGUCCUGGCUGCUAACUCAAAAUCUGGCCACUUGGGAAGAAAACAGCUAUUUUUUCCCCUUUCUGCAUUACUUUUUUUUUGGGUUUUGUUCUUUUUAUUUUUAAACCCAUGAUCUUUUCCCCUCGUGUCCAAAUGACUGUACGUUGCAGGUGACCCCGGUGUGGGUCGGCCCUGGCUCUGGCGGGGAUGCAGGUAGCUGAGCAAGGGGACCAGCCCCAAGGGCUCAGCCUCUGCUCUGUGCCCGCCUCUGUGUCCCGGUCUUGUCUGUGAAGUGGGCAUGAUGGUCAUUGCCACCUUCCAACCUACCUCACAGGGGUGUUGUGGGGACACCAUGAUAUGAGACUGUUGAUGUUGUGAUGCGCCGGG